GAAAAAUCGUCAUAUCGUUAAGGUAAAGUACAUCUCAAUGCAUCCGGGACGUCGGGUGCCUGCUUCACGCAUAGACUGGGCUAUGCAAAACCGCAGUAAUAGUAAUCAAGAUAUUAGAGAUAAUAUCGAUCACAGACGCAGGUCUCAGAACCCACGUAGUGAAUUAGAUGCAGACAUGCGUGAUACACCGGACGCCUCGGAUUAUCACUCGGAAAAGAGAAGCCCUAAUACGGAUACUGAUAGAAGGGGAAAAGAAGUAGGCGUGAAAAAACAAAAUGAACGACAUUUAAAAAUGCGACAUUCUAGUCCAUCAAAAGGUUUAAACAGCACUACCAACCACCUGUCUGAUUCAAAGUAUGAGGAGAGUGAGAAGCGGGCUAUAGCGAGACGGGGAGACAAGAAAUUGACAGUUGGGCGAUCGAAUAGAGCUAGGGCAGGUACGGCUGCACCCAGCGUCAGUACUCUGAGGUAUUGCCAUGACAACGCGAUAAGUGAAAGAGGCGCAUGGGGAAGUCAGACUCAGUUACAGCGUGCCAGUACUGCGCCAGGAUUAGUUUCGGACCACCCCCAGAACAGACAAAGCCCCGAGUCUAUUGGAGGUACCAAAAAGGCUGAAAACAGUGAUUCUGGCAGGUGUACCGUAGAGGAGAAGUACAGCACUAGCGGCAAGCCCUCGCCAAAGAACAGUAUAAGUGGGAAGCUGGUGCGUAAAGGCUCCAAAGCACAGGAGGUGUUGUCGAGUUGGGUGAAAGGCGCAACUGGAAGAAGUAACAAGCCGAAAGGCAGGAGCACACAGGGGCAAGCACGGUCAAGCUCCUUACAGGACCUGAGAGUACCCAGGUCUGAGGAAAACCAGGGCGGGACACACUUGUACGUCCCGCAUGAUGACAGGAAUCAGAACAAGCAGCAGGGUAGGUAUGUUGUAUCUGGUGACGGGAGUGGUGGGGAUGGUCAAAGCUCGGCCGCCGGCACGGGCCAAGCAGGGGACACUAAUACUGAUAUUAAUGGUAACGGUAUUAAUUCACGUGACGGGGUUGGGCCAGAGAGCUUGGGCAGUAGGCGUAGGAGCCCCCGAAUUCCACACGGGAUACGCGCAAAGAUCAAAAGGUCUCUAUCAAGUAAUGCAAUGUCGAAUCUUGCGGUGUUCUCGGAGGCGUCGCUGGACUCAGACACGGACCUGAACGCAGGCGCAACCACGUUCCGAUCUAUCUACAAGAAGAAGGAGGUGGAAUACAUGGACACGCCCCACGCCCCUCAUACCGAGAAUACUGCUGGUAUAAACAACAUCAAGACGAACCCGUUGAAGAAGGAAGUAGCAGCGUACAAGACGCAUGCCACCGCACGAUUCGGGGCGGAUAUAGUAGCGGUGAAUAGGCACUACAUGGUGCUGCAUGUGGAGGAGUUUGAGGACAGUCUGGGCACACAGUCGGGUGCGUUUCGCAUGGGCUUGUCCUGGGGAGAUAAGGUAGUCUCCCUCAACGGCCACCCCAUCCGAGGCAUACACAACGUGCAACAGACCCUGGAGAGCACGAGACACAUCACACUGGAAACCUAUGGACAGCCCUGGAUUAUGCUGUACAAGGGGUUGGUGUGCCCAGAGCGGGGUGUGGUGGGUCUGAGUUUCAAGGGCAGGAGGGUGACCCAGGUGGAUAAGACGCGUGGCGCGUACUGGACCGGGGUGUGUGUAGGCUAUGCAUUGCUGUCUGUGAACGACAGGUGUGUGCUGGGCCUGCCCGACGACGUGAUAGACGGGAUUAUGACUAGGAUGUGUGCGCGAUACACCAAGCUCGACCUCAUGUUCAUGAAGGAUCAUGUAUGGGAGAAGAUGAAUAGGCGAGUCAGCCGACACCUUCACGCGAAGCGCCUAGACACCUCCGUGGCGGCGUAUGUCGGGGCGUCGCUGAGGUUGGACAGGCGCCUCAAGGAUACAGAGAACAUCGAAGUGGUGGAGAUAGAGGAGUUGAAACCGGGUACCAGGAAACGAGGCGUACUGGCGGCGGUGGGCAGUAAGAAGAAGCUGAGUUGAGAUCCGGACCACAUGGGCGAUGUCAUGCACUGGUGCGUUGGAUCACAUGGCUGGUGUGGUGAGAAGGUCAUGCUUGUAUGCUUGUACAUCAUAUACAGCUGUCAGGCAUAUAGUACAAUCUAUAGUCCUGUACUCGGUGACUUAGUGUGCCUGUGUUGGUUCGAGCCGUAUUGAAGUAUGUAUGCGUAUUGUAGCCGGGGGAUGGGUUGGUCCCAUUUAUCAUAAGGGGGGUUUCUCCGUACGAACUGUUAAAUACGAGCAUCUACUUCAGGAGACGAUAGAAUGUCAAUGUCAGGAAAGAAUACAUCACAGCUAUUUAGAUGCUGCAAAUAGUAUAUCAGGACUUGUAAAGUUGUUUGGUUACGAUUUGGUUUUAACAGAGAGCAUCUACACUAUGUGGUAAAAAAAAAAAUUUC